GCAGAAGCGGGGCGAGGGUGGAUGCAUGGCAGGGUCUGUGUUCUGCGAGCGGCUGCCGCCGGGCUCCGACAGAUGCGGGGCAGAGAUGUGCAGGUCGCAUCCAUCCCCAUCCCCUCCGCAGCCUCUUACGCUGCAGGAGCCGGGCGGAGAGGGCUCGGGCCUGGCUGCGCAGCGCUGUUGUCGCUGAGCAUCGGGCGUCGCCCUCAGAGAGCGGCGCGGAACCUCCCAGCGCUACCCGCAUCCCGCAUCCCUCGGUCGGGGUGGCCAGAGCAGCACGGCAGGCUCAGGACCGGCGCGCCCCGGUGUCAGCCAUGUUUGGAUACUUUCAGUAGAACAAACAUUCAGAAACAAAGAAGUCCGUAUUUUUGAUUCACUGCUAUCAAGGACUUAGGCAGCAUCUUUAUUCUAUUUCUGCAAAAUUUUUUGCCCAGCAGAGCGAGAGCUUUCUUCAGCACUUCUCCAUCUGUCCCAGUUGAACUUGACUUCUGUAUUUUUCUCAUAUUACAAAUGCCUAAAAACAGCAAGGUAGUGAAGAGAGACCUAGAUGACGAGGUCAUUGAGUCAGUUAAGGACCUCCUCUCUAACGAAGACUCUUCAGAUGAUGCCUUUAAGAAGAGUGAGCUGAUGGUUGGUGAUCAGGAAGAAAAAGAUGUGGAUGUUGAAGAAGGCUCAGAUGUGGAAGAUGAAAGACCUGCUUGGAAUAGCAAACUCCAGUAUAUUCUGGCACAAGUUGGAUUUUCGGUAGGAUUAGGGAAUGUGUGGCGAUUCCCAUAUCUGUGUCAGAAAAAUGGUGGAGGUGCCUAUCUUGUGCCAUACUUAAUCUUGCUACUGAUCAUAGGGAUUCCGCUCUUUUUCUUGGAGCUUUCUGUGGGGCAGAGAAUCCGCCGAGGGAGUAUCGGCGUAUGGAAUUAUAUCAGCCCUAAACUUGGAGGAAUUGGAUUUGCAAGCUGUGUAGUAUGCUUCUUUGUGGCUCUGUACUACAAUGUCAUUAUUGGAUGGAGUCUGUUUUACUUUUCCCAGUCUUUUCAGCAUCCGUUGCCAUGGGACCAAUGUCCUCUAGUAAAAAAUGCAUCCCAUACAUUUGUGGAGCCAGAGUGUGAAAAGAGUUCUGCAACAACCUAUUACUGGUACAGGGAAGCACUGAAUAUUUCCAGCUCUCUGUCAGAGAGUGGGGGUUUAAACUGGAAGAUGACUAUCUGCCUGCUGGCUGCCUGGGUCAUGGUAUGCCUAGCCAUGAUCAAAGGCAUUCAGUCUUCUGGCAAAAUCAUGUACUUUAGUUCCCUUUUUCCUUAUGUGGUGCUCUUGUGCUUUCUGGUCAGAGGACUGCUCCUUAAUGGAUCAUUGGAUGGAAUUCGUCAUAUGUUCACACCUAAGCUUGAAAUUAUGCUGGAGCCCAAGGUCUGGAGAGAAGCUGCUACUCAGGUGUUCUUUGCCUUAGGGCUUGGAUUUGGUGGAGUCAUUGCCUUUUCAAGCUACAACAAGAGAGACAACAACUGCCAUUUUGAUGCUGUACUGGUGUCCUUCAUCAAUUUUUUCACUUCUGUGCUGGCAACCUUGGUGGUGUUUGCAGUUCUGGGCUUCAAAGCCAAUAUCAUAAAUGAGAAAUGUGUUAUCCAAAAUUCAGAGAAGAUUUUAAAACUUCUGAAAACAGGAAAUCUGAGCCAAGAUAUGAUCCCACAUCAUAUCAAUUUCUCAAGCAUUACAGCAGAAGAUUACAAUUUAGUUUAUGACAUUAUUCAGAAAGUUAAAGAAGAGGAGUUUGAUUCACUAGGCUUGAAAUCUUGUAAAAUUGAAGAUGAGCUUGACAAGGCUGUUCAAGGAACUGGUUUAGCUUUUAUUGCCUUUACAGAAGCAAUGACCCACUUUCCUGCUUCUCCCUUCUGGUCGGUCAUGUUCUUCCUUAUGUUGGUAAAUUUGGGACUUGGAAGUAUGUUUGGAACCAUUGAAGGCAUCAUCACACCCAUUGUUGAUACUUUCAAAAUUAGGAAAGAAAUUCUUACUGUCAUCUGCUGCUUAGUAGCAUUUUUUAUUGGCCUGAUCUUUGUGCAGCGCUCUGGAAAUUAUUUUGUCACGAUGUUUGAUGACUACUCAGCUACUCUGCCCCUGCUUAUUGUGGUCAUUUUGGAGAACAUUGCAGUUACCCGAAUUUAUGGAAUAGAAAAAUUCAUGGAGGAUCUGAAAGAUAUGCUUGGAUUUUCUCCAAGCCAGUAUUAUUACUACAUGUGGAAGUACAUUUCACCUUUAGUAUUGUUAUGUUUGCUGGUAGCUAGUAUUGUCCAAAUGGGAUUAAGUCCUCCUGGCUACAAUGCAUGGAUUGAAGAUACGGCUACAGAAGAGUUCCACAGCUAUCCAACAUGGGGAAUGAUUGUCUGUAUAUCUCUGAUGGUAUUAGCCAUACUGCCAGUCCCAAUAGUCUUAAUAGUGCGCCGCUGCAACCUUAUUGAUGACAGCUCUGGAAGCUUGGCAUCUGUAUCCUACAAAAGAGGCCGAAUAAUAAAGGAGCCUGUUAAUCUGGAGGGAGAUAAUACAAGUCUAAUUCAUGGGAAGAGUCCAAGUGAAGUGCCAUCUCCGAACUUCGGGAAAAACAUAUAUCGAAAACAGUCUGGAUCACCAACUCUGGACACUGCUCCAAAUGGACGCUAUGGUAUCGGAUACUUAAUGGCAGAUAUGCCUGAUAUGCCAGAAUCUGACUUGUAAUUGCAAAAAAAAAAAAAAGAGUUUUCUGUUUGUUUCUCCUCUUGCUGAUCAUGGCUCCCCUAAGAGAGGUGGUCGUAUUCACAUACUAAGGUGCAAUCUCAGGUGCUCCAUAGUGGCAGUCUUCAAGAUGUUGUGACUGUCUGUACAGGUUGAGAAAACUCCCUUUGGAUUAAUUCUCUGAGUUUCAUUUGCACUGAAGAGAAUAAAUGGAAAAUCAAUCGCAGCCUACAUCUGCCAGUGUAGCUGAAAAUUUGUUCUUUUAAAAUUAAUUUCUAAUUUUAAAGCCUUCUAUCACUGAAGCCCAGUGAUAAAAUUCCCCACUUAAAUGAUAUAAUAUUUCUGAGGUAAUAUCACUGACUUUUUUUUUUUUUCUGCUUCCAGAUUAACUCCCCAGUAUUAAAAGUGAGCUCUGAAGAAGUUCACCAAAUCCUUUUGUGCACACAUUUGUAUAUACCUUAUGUAGAUAUGCUGUACUUAUUUUGUUAGCAAUGAUUAUUACCUAGGCUAUUAGCUGAGUAAAAAAAACCUGCAAACUAUUUUCUUAUGUAAUAUCUGUAUAGAGCAAUAGUAUUAGAAAAAUCGAGGAGUAGACUUAUGGGAAGGCAAGAAAAGAUUCCCUGUUCACUGGGGACUACAUAAACUGUAUUUGUAUACGAGGGCUGUUAAGAAAGUAAUGCCUCCUAUUUUAUUAUAUUGGCCAAUGGCAUCAGAAGUGGAUGUUGGUGGUGUGGCAGCAGAGGUUGAACCUUGCCACCAGUAAUCAGUUACAUUUUGGUGUCAUGUGACAGCUGCUAAGGGGCAUUCUAACAAAUGGCAUCUGACUUGGAAGAGCAUAUGAAGUGAAGAUGUGUCAUUGAAGUCCUCUAUGGGGAAAAAAAUGGUACACAUUCACCUUCAGCAAAGCUUGCUGAACGUUUAUGGAGACCAAACAAUGGAUAUGAGGAUAUGAGCACACUGAGGCUGUAGGUAGUGUUUCAGGAAUGGUGAUAGCAAUGUUAGAAGUAAGCCAUGUUCUGGAUGGCCAUGCACAAAUGUCAUACCAAAAAAAGUAGAGAAUCUUGUUCAGUGCAUCUGUGCAAAUAGAUUACAACUAGGGAACUGUGUAUGGAGCUGAAUAUUAGAUUUAAUGCACUGGAAACGAUGGCGGCAAUAUUGAAAUAUCACAAAGUUUUCACCAGAUAAGUUCCACAAAUGGUCACAGCAGAAAAAAAGAACACUGUGCUCAGAUCUAUAAGGAGGAAGGCUGAAGGCGACAGUGUCUUGGACAACAUCACUAGUGGAGAUGAGAUGUGGAAUCACUAGUAUGAGCUGGAAUCAAAGCAGCAGUCUAUGGAACAGUGACAUGUAGAUUCCCCAUCAAAGAAAAAGUUUAAGACACAGCCUUCAGCAGGUUAAGUGGUGUGCACUGUCUUUUGGGAUGGUAAAAGGUGAUCCUUGCUGUAACCCAGACAAAUUAGCAGCACUGACCACUACAUAAUGACUCUGACUAAGGUGAAGGCUAAAACUUCCAAGGUCAGGCCAGAGAAAAAGUUAACCUUUCCCUUAGGACAUGAUAACGCCAGGCCCCAUAACAGUUCGAAUACCAUGGAGUACAUUGCAAGUGGAUUAUCUACCAUAUCCAUUGUGUAGUCCAGAAUUGGUGCCUUCUGACUUCCAUCUUUUCAGGCUGAUGGAAGAUGGACUGCAUGGGCAACAGUUUCCUAGAAAUGAUGCAGCUGUGAAACAAUGUGCCAUCUUCACCCGUACAGAUUGUAACAAGUGUGGCAUGCAGGCUCUCGUUCAUCAUUGGUGAAAAUGCAUAGCUAACAGUAAUGACUGUGUUCAAAAACAGUGUUUUGUAGCUCAGAAUUCACUCUAUCAGAUAGUGCUAUUCUAUUUGCAUCUGUUGUUUCUGUAGAAAUAAAUAGGAGGCAUUACUUCCAAAGCAACCUACGUAUUUUGUGUAAAAUAUUUGUUUUUUCAGUGUGAAAACAAUGUAAGAGUGAGUCACUCCAAGAAUCUUGAGGAUUGUGCAGAUUCUGCAUUUUUUUCUAUGCUGUGUGCCUAAAAGAGACCUUCUUGAUAUUUAUUGUGGUUAUGAGAUUACAUAUAUAUUAUAUUUAUAUAAUAUACUUGUAAAUAUGUAUAUUAAUCUGUAUGUAAUCAAAAGUUGAAGCAAGAUGGCUUUUUUAAUUAGUCUUCUUCUGUUCUUGCUUGUUCUAUGCCAAUAAUUUUUUCAGUCAGUAAUUGCUAAGAACUGUAUGCCAUUACAUUUUAACCUAUGAAUAAAGAGAUUGACAAGG